AUGAUGGAAAAAUAUUUGGAAUUAGAAGAGAAAUUGAUUUUAAAAUUAAGUGAUACAUGGUAUAUUCGGAAUUUCAUUUAUUCAGAAAAUAAAUUGAGUGGUCGAAUUACAUUAUAUCUAUUAAUACUCGGGAUCAUAGCAUUUAUCAAUGAAUUAUAUAUUAAUAUAGAGAUGAUCUUUAUCUCCAAGAGUACCUAUGAAGAAUUGGAUAAAGGGUUUAUUGACCAUUCUUCAAAAUUACAUAAAUUAUUGAACAGUGAAGAAUAUCAUUCUCGAGAAUAUUAUGAUGAUAAACAAGGAAUUAUCAUUGAAGAAUUUGAAGAAAGAAGUAAAUUUUUUGCCAAACCUAUUGGGAUAUCCCAUUUAUCAGUGGAAUGUCAAUUGAAAGAUAAAAAUGGGGUUGAAUUAUUGAACAAACCUAUUAAAUAUUAUAUUGAAUUUUUACAACAAGAAUAUGAAGAAGAUUUGGAGAAAAUGGGGUUGAAAUUAGAAUUUGGUUGUACAUUAAAUUUUUUAAGACAACAAUUGUAUCAUUUAUUUAAAGAUAGUGAUAUUUAUGAAGAAUUCUUCUCAGGAGAUGGGGCCAAAAACUUUAGUAUAUCCAAGAGUCUUGAGAUACGCAAUCGUGGUGAUGAAGUUUUGGAUAAUCAUUUAGAUGGUGUUCAAUUAUGUUUUUUAAAGAUACAUGAUGGUGAUACGAUCAAAUGUGAUUUUCUUUAUACCAAGACAUGA